AUGUUGGUUAUCGCUGUGCAUGGAGGUGCAGGCACGCACUCUAUCAGUAAAGAUGCUGAAACCUUAAUAAAGAAAGGCCUGAAAGAAGCAUGUGGUUCUGGUCAACGCAGCUUCCGGGCCAAGCAAGAUGCCUGCCAAGCUGUUCAGGACUGUAUUGUUGCAAUGGAGGACAAUCAUCAAUUUAACGCCGGAACUGGAUCUAAUCUUACAAUAACGGGGACCGUAGAAUGUGACGCUUCCAUUAUGAACUCGGUAGAAGAUUUUGGCGCAGUUGGAGCCACAAGCGGAAUAAAAAACCCUAUCAAAGCCGCCUACAGAAUACUACUUGGAUCACAGCGAGUUGAUCCUCACGGCCGGAUCCCUCCUAUGCUACUAUCCGCCACUGUACCACCUCCUGACCUUGCGGUAGACCCAUCGGAAAUGAUUACUCAGAAAGCUCUUUCCGAUUGGGACCGUUGGAGUGCAAUGAUUCAAACCGGACAACAGUCGGGUGAAGUUGCAAGCGGUACCAUCGUACAAGAUACAGUAGGAGCAAUAAUGUGCACCAUUGAUGGAGAGGUCUCGGCAGGCGUCUCGAGUGGGGGAUACUCCUCAAACCUACUGGUCGGAUUGGCGAGCCCAGGUGCUGGAGAAUUGAUCAUGAGGGCAUUUCUAGCUAAGGAGCUGGCAGAGAGGGUUCGCCAACGUGAUUGCGAUAUCCAUGAAGAGAUUGAACGAGUUUUGAACAAUUUUGUGGAAAUGUGCGCUGAGAGGGGCAGUGAGCAUGCCAAUGCAGGUGCUAUUCUGAUCGUUGCGCGAUUAUGGUGUGGUUUUACCACUCGCAGCUUUGCCAUCGCGUAUGCGAGUUCGCUAGAUAGUUCACCAAAAUCGGUCAUCCUUAGAAGGACAAAUCGAGAGCCGGGCAAACCGGGGUUGUAUAUCACUUCUCUGCCGCUUGAUUAA